AUGGCAGCCUCCUCUGACUCCGCUGGUGUCCUCCAGAUCCUAUGGCGGGCUUUGCAGCUCCCCGCCAAGACUGCCAUCUUCUUCUUCCCCCUCCUUGUCCUUACUCUCUUCUACUCUUCCUGUGUCUUCUACGCCAACUUCUCCUGCAUCUCCCCUGUCCUGAUCGACUUAUUCUCCAAGCUCUCCAUGCUCCUCAAAGAUCCUGCCCCCCCGGGCCCGGAAUUCUCCCACGUUCUCGUCGAGAUCAAGAACGACCUCAAGCAAGUCGCCGGCUUCGAGUCCAUCAUCACCCUCCUCUCCUUCUUCGCCUCCCUCCUCCUCCUCCUCGCCACCGUCUACAGCUUCGCCAUGGCCUACGCCGGCACUCCCCUGACUCCCAAAGAGCUCCUCGCGAGGGUCGCUCGCCGCUGGUAUCAGACGCUUGUCACCAGGCUCUACGUCGUUCUCCUGAGCCUGGGCUUCGGGCUCUUAUCUUCGCUGGUGAUCGGCGCUGCCAUGUUGCUCUGCGAUGAUUCCAAAUAUCUGAUGACUUCUGGGUUCGGCCUCUCCGUUGUGGCGGUCUCCAUUUUCAUCUAUCUGUGGACGAGGUGGUCGAUGAGCUUCGUCAUCACGGUGGUGGAGGAGACUUGGGGGAUCGGCGCGCUCUCGUUGUCGGUGGAGCUCUUCAUCGGCAACAAGAAGAAAGGUUGGACUCUCACCUUCAUCCUGCUGCUGCUCAAGAUGGUGAUCUAUGGGGUUUUUGCGUUUUUGAUGAUGUCGGGGAACACGCCGCCGCCGCCCCCGCCGCUGCCGCCGCCGCCGCCCCCGCCACCGUUGGAGGAUCAGCUAAGGAUUGGGUUCCUUGCGGCGGCCGCCAGUGCUCUUUUGAACAUGUAUGCCAUGGCAGUGUAUACGGUGUUCUACUAUGAGUGCAGGAAGAGCCAUGGGUUGGAUGAGAUGGUUAAAAAUUGA